CCUUAGUCUCUGCCUUUCAUUCCGUGUCGUAAUAUUCCCCAAUCAGCUCUCUUUAGUCUCUACCCAUUUCCCUUCCAUUAAAGUAACUCGAAACGGUUUCCCUUUCCCAUAUGGCUGACGCCAAAGAUUCCUCCAUAGUAGACUCCAAAUCUUCCCCAACCUCAACCUUAACAUCCUCAGCCUCACAACAACAACAUAGGAUUAUACGAACUUUCUUGAUGGCUCAGGACAUCCUCAGAAUCCUACCCACUCUCCUCUCCGCAGCAUCAAUCGCCGUCAUGGUCACCAACAACCAAACCGUUCUCAUCUUCGCUAUCCGCUUCCAAGCCCACUUUUAUUACUCACCCUCCUUCAAGUUUUUUGUAGCCGCAAAUGGUGUUGUCGUGGCCAUGUCUUUGCUGACCAUCAUACUGAACUUUCUUAUGAAACAUCAAGCGUCACCAAUAUACCAUUUCUUUCUUUUCUUGCAUGACAUAGUGAUGACGGUGUUGUUGAUAGCUGGAUGUGCAGCGGCAACAGCCAUAGGGUACGUGGGAAAGUUUGGAGAGGAGCAUGUGGGUUGGCAGCCAAUAUGCGACCAUGUGCGCAAGUUCUGCACAACAAAUUUGGUUUCCCUCUUGCUCUCUUAUUUUGCUUUCAUUGCCUAUUUCGGAAUCACUAUUCUAUCAGCCUACAAAAUCGUCUCUUCUUCUCCCAAGAACUAAUCAAAUCAAAUCAAAUACCACCAACAACAACUACCGUUACUAACAACUUGUCUAGCUAUAGCUAUAAUGAUGAGGCCAUGAUAGGGGUUAAUUUAUACUACUAUAUAUCUCAUGUGGUGCAUGAAUUUGUUCCGAAAUUGUUAGUUUGGUGUGGUUUAUCAAUGUUUUUUUUGGUAUGGUUAUAAAUGCUACAACAUGUAAAGUAGGAGUUAAAGAAAAUACUAUUUAUCAAUCAUAAUGAAGCUUUAUUUUAAGAUGCAUAA